GUCCCUAGCAGCUGUCCUUGACUUGAUGAAAAUACUUAUUCUUUGGUGAUCACUGAUUUUUGGGCUUUUGCUUUUGUAGGUUAUAUUAAUUAUUAUGAAGUUGUUGGGAUUAUAGAUUUUGAAACCUUUUUAUUUAUUUUUCUAUGAUGGAAACCAAAUAAUAUAAACAUUUACAUAACUAUUUGAAAAUUAUGAUUAAAAAUGCAGCGAAGUAUAUUUUGCAGAUCGUAUAAUUUAUCCUUAGUGUUAAAGAGGCAUGCUGGGCAUUCGAAAUGGGCAAAUAUAAAACAUAUAAAAGGGAUAAAAGACGCUGAAAAGAAUGUUAAUUUCACAAAAUUAUCUAGGCAAAUAAAAGUGGCUGUUCAAGAGGGUGGUUCGCUUGAUCCUAAUUCUAAUAUUAAACUACAACAAGUAAUUGAUCAAUGCAAAAGAUUUAAUAUGCCUCACACCACAUUGCAAAGUGUUUUGAAAAGUUGCCAGUCAGAUAAAUCUAAUGCUCGAUAUCAUUUAAUAGAAAUUAAGGGUCCCGGAAGUUCAAUUAUAUUAUGUGAGUUGUUUACCAAUAAUCUUCACUUAAUAAAACAACAUAUGUCAAGUGUUUUAAGAAAGCAUCAGUCCAAAUAUAGUGAUGGGGGAGCUAUUCAUAUAUUUGAGGAGAAAGGUAUUAUACUUGCUGAAAAUUCCAAGUUAUCUCAGACACCAAAAGAGGAAUUGAUGGAACAAGCUACCGAACAUGCAAUCGAAAGCAAUGCCGAAGAAGUUAAUUAUUUAGAGGACAACGUUUUGGAAUUUGUAUGUAGUAAGACAUAUUUUAUGCAGACACAAGAUUUGCUAGAAACCAUGGGUUAUAAAAUAUUAAAUGCAUCCGUUGAUUAUAUUCCUUUUAAAACUCAAGAUUUAGGAACAUCUGAUUACGAAAUGUAUGAAAAGUUAAUAAAAAAACUGGAAGAAUUUCCAGAGGUUCUUAGAACUUUUGAUAAUGUCAAUGUAAGCUGAUAAAACAAACUUAAAUUAGUAGGAAGUUAUUUAUACCGUAUGAUCGAAAAAAAGGCGUCCAGUUGGCUUGGAAAUGACAUUCCCAUCCAUCGCUGACGUCGUUUUUUCGUACAUAACAUAUUUUAUCUGUUAUAAAAUAAAUUUUUAUGCUGUUGUU